AUGGUGAAUCGCGUUCUCUUCGUGCAAUCAGUUCGUCCAUCAAAGCCUCAAGUUGGCCUAGCUCAGAUAAAAUCGAUCGAUAGUGGGCCGCGUGUGUCGGCUUCUUUCUGUUCGUUUGUGCGAUUCUUGUUCAAUCAUCACCUGCACACGUACACAUUAGCAGAGAUCGGUGGCUGGGCGACUUUAGUAAACUCAUGCGCAGGCACGUUUGACCAAUCGCCUCCAGCAAGACACGAUCGAUAUGCUCAUUCUUCGGGAUCCCGGCUUCGUGGGAUAGAUUGCGUGUUCAUCGUGAGCUGGCUUGUUCAGGUCACUGUCGCCUCACCUCAUACUGCGUCCACAUCGUGA